AACAUCGCUUUGGUCUGACUGGUGGACAUAUGAAGGUAUUUCAGGGCCGAGCUUUUGGGGUCUUUUAAACCUGGAAUGGAGUUUAUGUAACAAAGGAAAAAAUCAGUCACCAAUUAAUAUAGAUCCUGGUACGUUGCUCUAUGAUCCACAACUAGAAAAUUUGAAGAUUGACGGCAACAUGGUCGUCGGCUCACUUGUCAAUAACGGCCAUGAUCUGACGUUUGAAGUAGACCAAACCAGUCAAUGGGGAGUCAAUAUUAGCAUGGGUCCGUUAUCAUAUACUUAUCGCGCAGCGAAUCUAAAAGUCCAUUUUGGAAGUAAAGAUGAACGAGGUUCGGAACAUACUAUAGCAGACAGAGCAUUUGUUGCAGAGAUACAUAUAUUCUUUUAUAAUGCCGAGCUCUAUCCAAAUUUCUCAGACAGUAUACGUGCACCUCAUGGAAUAGCUGCGCUUUCACUCCUGGUAAAGGUUGGCGGAACGAGAAAUCUUGCAUUCGAGCCAAUAACGCACACAAUUAAAAAGGUCACAGUAAAAGGACACGAAUCCAAACUACGUAACUUUUACCUUGGUAAAUUAAUACCACAGACAGAUCAUUAUAUUACCUACGAAGGUUCAUUUACUCAACCAGGUUGCUUUGAAACGGUGACGUGGAUUGUAUUUAACAAACCUGUAUACAUAAGCAGAGAUCAGAUUGAUGCAUUACGAAAAUUAAAACAAGGAGGAGAGGAAAAUCUUCAGAUGUCAAUGUCUGAUAACAUUAGACCGACAAUGUCGACAAAUCAGCGUCCAGUACGAACAAAUAUAAACUUCCGUUCAGACUGUUCCAUGAAGCACGAUAUGUUCUAUGAAGUAAAUAAACUUUAUACAGAUUAGGAACCAAGCUUCGCCGUAUAAGGAAAAACUGGGUGUGGGAAGAAUUUGCCACGCCCUCCAUCCCACAAAUGCAGAGGCAUCACGGUCAGCUUCCAGCAGAUUCUUGAUGGAAAAAAGAGGCAGUGCUUUGAGGAAAAUAUCAACCGAAAUGGCUGCUACUUUAAGAAAUAUGAAUAACAUCAACAUCAACAACAACAACAACAACAAGAACCAAAGUAUAGCAACAACAACAACACUUAAAACACAAACACAACAUGAAAAAUAAUAGCAGAACAGGAAAAACAAGUGUGACGUGCGCAAGCAAGCACUGUAUAGAACUAAAGAACUUUACUGGAUACUGUUUCUAUUAAUACUAUGUUUAAUAAUGCUUCAUAACAAACGGUGUUAUGUAUGCAACCAGAGGCAUGCAUAAAAGGUGUUGGAUUUGCAUAAACAUGAGGAAAAAAAUUUGACAGAGAUUUACGCAUCCAUUCACAAACAUUCACACUCAAAAAAAAAAAACUCAUAUUAACACACUAAACACAUACUAACAUAGCAUGCAUGCAUGCAUUUUUAUUACGUGCUUUAUACUUAUGCAUUCUCACAUGUGGGAAACAAAUUUUCAAUGUGUACGUAUACACGCACACAUACGAACAUACACACACACACACACACACACACACACACACACACACACACACAGGCAUGUAUAUAAAAUAUAUAUCCAUUCUUGUACACGUACACGAAGACAUAUACACACGCAGAUACACACAGACAUGUAUGCAGCUAUGCAUGUAGGUAUGUAUAUACAUCCCCACAAACUAUUUUGUAAAUACGACUAAAAAUUUGAACAGGACGCGCACACACACAUAUAUAUAUGUAUAUAUGUGUGUGUGUAUAUAUAUAUAUAUAUAUAUACCCUGUGUAUAUAAAUGCGUAUAUACGUGCUUACAUACAUACAUGCAUAUCA